AUGAAAGGUGUGAGUGAAUGGUGUGGGAGUGAGUGGUGUGAGAGUGAGUGGUGUGAGAGUGAGCGGUGUGAUAAGCCGUCCGCAGGGGCGUAUCCCCUUAUGAAGCCCGUGGGGCCGGACGGAGCCCUGUCACACUACACCAAGAAGAAGCCAUCCGCAGGGGCGUAUCCGCUUAUGAAGCCUGUGGGGCCGGACGGUGCCCUGCCUCACUACACCUGGGAAGAGAUUGACGUAGCUCCUACUACCACACCUCACCCUGUUAUUCCCCGUCUUCGUCCUUCCUCGUCCCUCAUGGCAGAGACGAAGCCAUUCGCAGGGGCGUACCCCCUUAUGAAGCCUGUGGGGCCGGACGGAGCCCUGCCUCACUACACCCGGGAAGAGCCCACCGCAGCCCCAAGCACGUCUCAACCCGUCCCUCCUUGUAUUCUCUGUCCUUCCCCAUCCCCUACUGCAGAGAAGAAGCCAUCCGCAGGGGCGUAUCCGCUUAUGAAGCCCGUGGGGCCAGACGGGGCACUGCCACACUACACCCGGGAAGAGCUUACCGCUGCCACAAGCAACUGGACACAGAAAAUCGGCGAAGGGGGUUUCGGGACUGUCUAUAAAGGGUACCUGCGGAGUGACGGUAGUAGCCACAUUGGCGGCAUUAGCAGCAGCAGCAGCAAUGGGAAGAGUGGCAGUGUUGGGAAUAGUGUGGGCGCUGGUGGUGGGGGAGAGGGUGGAGCAGGUGGAGAGGGGGGAGAGGGAGGGGAGGUGCUGGUUCCGGUGGCUGUGAAGAUGUGCACGAGUGGGAUCAAAGACAGUGGCAGGGAGCAGCUCAUGACGGAGGUGAUGGUGAUGACGGCAGUGCAGCAUCCGUACAUCCUCAGGCUGCUGGGGGUGGCCACUCUGGGAGAGACGCUCGCCAUGGUGUCUGAGUUUGUGCCCAAUGGGGACGUUGACUUACUGCUGGAGAGAGUGCGCGAAAGGAGAGAUUCGUUUGACUGGACGGCCAGGAUGGUGCUGGCGGAGCAGGUGGGGGAGGCGCUGGUGUUCAUUCACAGCAAGGGGUACAUUCACCGCGACUUUAAAGCUGCUAAUGUGCUGCUGGCGGAGGGCAUGGUGCCAAAGGUGGCGGACUUUGGAAUGGCGCGGCUGGUAGAGGACUGGAAGACACAUGUCACGACGCGAGUGGGCGGCUCUCAGGGCUACAUCGACCCCAAUUACUUCUCCACUGGGUUUCUCACCAACCAUUGUGACACAUAUGCGUUCGGCAUCUUCCUUCUAGAGCUCAUGUCAGGCGAAUGUGCGGAGGAGAACGGCUUUAAGGCGAUCAGAGUGGCAGCAGAGGAGCGCCUAAUACCGCUAGAGAAGCUUAAGAGGGUGGUGAUGGAUAAAACCAUUGCCGGGCAAUGGUCUGAGGAGCAUGUAAGGUUG